AUGACAGAUUAUGAAGCCGAUGUCGAGAAGACGCAAAUGAUGGACAACGAUAAUGAUGACGAAGACGAAGCAAAACAUGCCAAGUUUAAAAAUAGACGAUAUACUCUACUCAAACCACCUGGUUUCGGCAAGCCAAGUGUGUAUCAUGGACUUGUGGUCAUCUUUCUCGAAUUCUUUGCUUGGGGUCUCCUGACGAAUCCAGUUAUAUCGACACUCAAUAAAACAUUUCCAACGCAUACUUUUCUCAUGAAUGGUGUUAUUCACGGAGUCAAAGGUCUAUUGACAUUUUUGAGCUCACCAUUACUUGGUGCUUAUUCCGAUGUUUGGGGAAGAAAAUCAUUCUUGUUAAUCACUGUAUUUUUCACGUGCUGUCCAAUUCCAUUGAUGAAAAUUAGUCCAAUGUGGUACUUCGCUUUGAUCAGUAUUAGUGGUCUCUUUUCUGUUACAUUCAGCGUUGUUUAUUCAUAUGUUGCUGAUGUUACUGAUGAGAAUUCACGAAGUGCAGCUUAUGCUACAUUUGCUGCAUCAUUAAUCACAAGUCCAGCUAUUGGUGCACAUCUAGCACGAUUAUAUAGUGAAAAUUUCGUUAUUGCAUUGGGCACAGCAGUGGCUAUCUUGGACUUAAUAUUCAUCUUCUUUGUCGUGCCCGAAUCGUUGCCGGAACGAUUGCGUACUGAUCAGAAAAUAUCAUGGGAUAAAAUCGAUCCAUUUGCCGCCCUUCGAAAUAUCACUCAUGAUCGUUUCAUCUGUUUAAUAUGUCUCAUUGUACUUCUCUCCUAUCUACCCGAAGCCGGACAAUAUUCCUGUUUUUUUGUUUAUCUACGAUUAAUGCUUGGCUUUUCCGAAGAUGAGAUCGCUUAUUUCAUUGCUUUCGUCGGAAUUUUUUCCUGUAUUGCUCAAACAGCAUUAUUGGCUUGCUUACAACGAUAUUUCGGUUCGAAAGAAACAAUUAUGGUUGGAUUAUUUUUUCAAAUCGUGCAAUUAGCAGCAUAUGGCAUCGCCACAUCAAAUUGGGUUAUGUGGUUUGCUGGCGGUCUAGCUGCAUUAUCUUCUGUAACAUAUCCAUCAAUUAGUGCAUUUGUUUCUGUCUAUGCUAAGGACAAUCAGCAAGGUUUAGUUCAAGGUAUGGUCAAUGGUGUACGUGGGUUAUGUAAUGGACUUGGUCCUGCUUUGUUUGGUUUCAUCUUUUAUUUGUUUGAUGUUAAUUUAAAUGAAUCGGUUUCGCCGACAUUAUCGACAACGAUGCCAACGCGAUUGAAUCAUACGAGUAUACGUGUUAUGGAAAAGCAGAUGUAUCUCUCCAUGUUGACACGUGAUGUACCCGGUCCACCAUUUCUUUUCGGUGCUUUACUUGCUACAGUUGCUUUAAUGUUUUGUUUACUCUUACCAAAUUCGAAACCAGAAUCAAAUGGACUCUAUGUUGAUGCAAGAAUAAUCGAACAGAAAGCUCGUCUAUUGAAUCUUGAGAGUGAUAGUCAUGAUCAUGUCUUGACAUGA